UUCAAGAUGCAGUUAUCCAAGCCCAGGUUUGUUAUGCAGCCUACAGAGCAAGAUUGGAGUAUGCUAAGGAAGCAACACUGUACAAGGAGUCUCUUCAGAAUGUGGAUGCUCUGUGUCAAGAGCGCAUAAGGGCAGUGACUGCCCUAAGAGAGGAAUAUGAAGAAUUGCUCCGAAAACAGCAGAAUGAAUAUGCUGAGAUGAUUGCUUUGCUUGAAAGAGAAAAUGCAGACCUCAAAGCCAAAGUAGAGAAGCUUGACAAUCAACGGAAGCUCCUGGAAGAGGAAGAGCAUAAGCAGAGCAAAAAACUAACAGAUCUUCAAGGCAGAUAUGAAAAUGAUAUGCAGAAUAUGGUUGAGCAACUGAACAGGACAAAAGACAUGCUGAAAGCUGAGCAAACAGAGGGACUCCACCAACUAGAUGCCCUUGUGCAAGAUAAGCAGAACUUGGAAAGGUACCAUCUUGAGCAAAUGAAAACUCUAGAAGAUGAAUUUCAAGUCAAGAUGAAAGAACUGCAAAUCCUUCAUAAUGAGGAGCUGCAAACCUUGCAGGAACACUACAACCAGGACCUUCGGUGCUUGCAAGAAUCUUUGGAUGAGUACCAGAAACAGCACCCAGAAACACUGUCCACAGCAGGAUCCAGAGCAGAAGAAUUGUGGAUUGCAGACGAGGUUGAUGGUGGAAUGCAAGUCUCAGACAGCGAGCUUAAUGCCAUGCACGGGUUGAAAGAACGCAUUCAAGAACUAGAAGCCCAAAUGAACAUCAUGAGAGAUGAACUGGAGCAUAAGCACCUUGAAGGGAAUGCAUCUACCCUGAGGGAGAAAUACCAGAAAGAUUUUGAGAAUCUUAAGGCAACAUGUGAACGAGGUUUUGCUGCCAUGGAAGAAACCCAUCAAAAGAAGAUAGAGGACUUGCAGAGGCAGCAUCAACGAGAACUGGAGAAGCUGCGGGAGGAGAAAGAUCGCUUGCUUGCCGAAGAAACUGCUGCCACCAUCUCAGCCAUAGAAGCCAUGAAAAAUGCUCACCGGGAAGAGCUUGAGCGUGAGUUGGAAAAAACCCAGCGUUCCCAGAUUAGCAGCAUCAACUCGGACAUUGAAGCUCUGCAGAGGCAAUACCUGGAGGAGCUACAGUCUGUCCAGCGUGAACUUGAAGUCCUCUCAGAGCAGUACUCUCAGAAAUGUUUGGAGAAUGCUCACUUGGCCCAGGCCCUGGAGGCAGAGAGGCAGGCCCUACGUCAGUGCCAGAGAGAGAACCAAGAGCUCAAUGCACACAACCAGGAGUUAAACAACCGCCUGGCUGCAGAGAUUACACGGUUACGGACACUGCUGACUGGAGAGGGUGGGGUAGAGACUGCUGGCUCACCUCUCACCCAAGGCAAAGAUGCCUACGAGUUGGAGGUCCUGCUGAGAGUCAAGGAAUCAGAAAUCCAGUACUUGAAGCAGGAGAUCAGCUCCUUGAAGGAUGAAUUGCAAACAGCAUUGAGGGACAAGAAAUAUGCCAGUGAUAAAUAUAAAGAUAUCUACACAGAACUCAGCAUUGUGAAAGCCAAGGCAGACUGCGACAUUAGCAGGCUGAAAGAGCAGCUCAAGGCAGCCACUGAAGCUCUUGGUGAAAAAUCGCCAGACAACACGACAGUAUCUGGAUAUGAUAUAAUGAAGUCCAAAAGUAAUCCUGAUUUCUUGAAGAAAGACAGGACCAGUGUUGGCCGGCAACUAAGAAAUAUCAGGUCAAAGAGUCUGAAGGAAGGCCUGACGGUGCAGGAGCGCCUCAAGCUCUUUGAAGCCAAGGACAUGAAGAAAGACUAGUUCUCUCCUUCCUAUUUGGCUUGACCACAUGCGCCUCCUUGCUUGCAGAAUCAGAUCACAAGUUCCCUCAUUUUUUGUUCUUUAGGAUUAUCAUUGCUGUUAUUGUUUUAUACGGAUGUUUCAGCAGAAAAGACUGGAAAACCUGGCAUUUCUGCUGCCCACCAUCAAACGGAUUCCCUGACUCUUUGCCCUGAGUAGUUUGACAAGGACAAGGGGAUAUUGGGCACAUGUCCCUUUUUGACUCUCUAUACAAAGUCUUUCCUACUGUAUAUCCAUUACACUAAGUGUCAGUAUUAAGGCUCUGCAGCCUAUCAAUAAGCUAGCUCUGUUUUACUGAAUGCAUUGGUAUAGCAACAGAGCCCUUGGAGGGGAGUAACUCUGCCACUUCGAAGAGAAACCCAGCACUUGGGUGCAUGCGUUGACCCAAAUUUUGCACCUCUGAGACAAAACACACAAAUAUGAUUUUGGCACAGCAAGUUUCCUCAGGCAGGAUUGAUGGUUUCAGCAGCAACACAAACACUGGCUUCCUGUUGUAGGGAAAAGACAAGCCUGAUUUGUAUCUUGCAUAGUUCCACUAUGUGGUAUGAGAUUUCUGUCCCCAGUUCCUUUACAAUGUUUCUGGAAAGAAAGCUUUACUAAUUUGGCUUAUAGACAGAUUAUUACACCGAGAUGUGAACUCCGUGAAAUAUAAACUGUUCAGUUGUUAGACAGGUAUACUUUGAGAUCACCAGUAGUCACUGUCAAUAUCCAGCUAUGUUUCUGAGUAAGGCUAUACCAAAGCCACACCCUCUUUUCCAACUUCAUUGGGCUCCAUGAAGCUGUGUAUAUAGUACAGGUGGCCCAGAAUUUUCUUCCACCUGUGAAUCUAGAAUUUGUCCAGAAGUUCAGGGAUUAUUUUCCUUCUUAAAGAUGGCCUCUGAAGAAGAAAUCACUUCUGCUUCUUAAUUUGUUGUCUAGCAUAUGUUCAUGCCAGCUUCUGCUAAGUAGCUGGUGGAAUGGUACUGCAAAGGAGCAGGGCUUCUUGCAAAGCUGGUAGGGCUGAGUUCAAGUCAGGCUGUCUAGCAGAAGUAGAGAAAGAAAUGGCAGCUUGUCCUUAGAUUUUGCUUAACAGAUCUAAAAAUAAUUUUAGGAAAGCAUUCUUGUCUGUCCAUGCAUGCUGGUAGUAUUUGUAUGUUGAAAAGUCAGUUGCAUGAUGGCAGUAGAGAGAGGAAGAAGUUUAAAUAGCAGAGGGAUGACAGGUGACAAGAUAACCCUAUUAAAAGGUGAUAUCUGAGAAACAGCAGGUUUGAAGUUAGAGAAAUGUCUGUUAGUACUUGCGCCCAUCAUUUACAUGAAACAAAAUCAUAUGAGUCUAUAUGGAAUAAUUUUUUCAUACUGGGCGCAGUGACAUGAACAUUGAAUAUAUCUGUAGAGUAUUGGAUUUCUGGACCAUCAGGCCCUUCUCGAGCAAGACAGUGUACAUACAAAGGCACUGAAAAGCAGGUGAGACUUGCUCUUUUAAACUAAUCGUGGCUUCAGUAUUGACAAGAUAAUUUUGCAAGCCUUAAGGGCAAGUUUUUGAACCUUAAGAAAUUUUAUCUGCAUUCUCUACUAAUUCUGUGCAGUAUCAGGUUAUCUGGAUUUCUGCUUUGCACACUACCCAUCCUACAUGUUUUGAGAGGUUUUUUUGGACAGACAUAUAUCUAUAAAGAGGUUUUACAAUUAUCAGCUAGCCAAGAUCAACUCAUUUCACUUCAAUCUCCAUUCUGUUCUUAAUGCUUAAUUGGAUAGUUAAACUUCCUAAAAGCAGACAUACAUAUGAGGUAUUUUAGGGUAACUGAGUCUGGGUAAUUUUCUUCUUGCUGCUAGCCAUAUUUAAAUGGGCCACGAUGUUACUAUUUCAUGAGCCUUUGCUACCAUGAAUGGCUAAAACAGCUCAUCAAAAUUUCUUUGCUGUGCAAUAUUCAGGAGUUCCUGAGGUCCAGGACCCUUGCGAUCACGAUAGCAAAACUACAUUUUGUGCUUUCUUGCUAUGUUUCUGGCAGUUUCACUUUUUUUUUUUUUUGCAGUUUUUCUGUCCCCUUAAAUUGCAGAUAAGUUAGUGAACAUUAGGGUAACCAGCAUGUCUUAGCUACUGGUGUAAAGGAGCAUGCCAACUGCCCCUUAAAAUGCAGUCAUGUUUUUCCUUUAGCACUGACAAGGCUUCUAACACAGAAGAAACUUGUUUUUCAAUAUUUUGUACCUGCAACUUGAGUGAAUCCUGCCAGAAGAACAAAUUAUGUCUUGAAAACCCAUUUUAGAUAGAUUUACAUACUUGAUUCAUACAUCUUCAAAAACAGAAAUGUCACCUCUUUUAAGCCAGUGGUUUUCAAACCCUGAAACUGGUGUUAAAAACAGUAAAACAAUCUAUUUUGUGCAAGACUGCACUAUUGUGACCAAGGUGCUCUCUGUAUACUGCAAAGCAACAUGAUACUGAGAACUUUGUUUUGUGAAUGGCUCUUAAAGGACACUAUAUAUAUAUGUUUGAACAAAUAGGUAUAUUCUGUUGCAACCUGCUGCAUUUUACACAAACGUACGCUACGAAAAUAACCAAAAUGUUUGGUCUAAGUUCAAAAUAGAUGGAUGUAUAAUUAUAAAUACACCUGCAUAAUGCGUUCCUAAAUCUUGUAUGUUGCAGAUCCUUUUUUUUGUCUUCCCUUCUUUUUCUGAAACAUAAUUAAGUCCUCUCUGUUAAUGCAACUUUGUUUUCCUUUAUCAUGUAAACAAAUGGAAAAGGAGGAUUGCUUGAGCUGAUCUGCAAAAUCCAAGCAGGCUGUUUUUCUUGUGGCAGAGGCUGCCUGCAAGUAGCCCUAUGUGUUGUUUUUAAAAAGUGUUGCUUUUUGUAAUGACAACAUACUUGACUAGAAUCCCACUGGACUUUUUGCAUUUUGGUGGUUCAUACGCAGUACUUUGUUGUGAACACUUUAAGCACAUGCACGCUCAGUGUAGCUUAUCUUUCCUUUGUAAUUUUUCCCAUUUUUUAAAAAAAGCUUUGUUAUUCUCUUUAAAAAUAAUUUAAAAACCUGUAUAGUAUUCAAAGCACGCAAUGUAAAUAUUUAUUACUCAAAAACUAGUGGAGGGUUUUUUGGGGUGAGUUUUUUUUAAUCUUGUUCUAAUACAAAUGUCCUUUUGACUUGGAAAAUGAAAUUAGUGUAACCUGAUAAACCUGCUCUGUGUUCCCAUACAGAAUGUUUAUUGGUUUGUUUGAAUGUUACAAAUAUAUUUUUAAACUUCUCUGAUACAUUUUUAGUUUCCGCAAUGUCCAAAGAACACGUACAGUAUUUCAACACGUUAAGCCUACUUAACUAUACACUGAAUUUCUUCCCUAUUCAGUUUAAUAACAAUAUAACUAACAGUGGCAUAAACAACUCUUGGGUGUGCAGAUAUCUAGUAAGAUGGUGGUAGCAACUAUCACUAAAAAUACAACAGUAUUCUUGCAUGGUAACUUAACACUUGCAGAAUAAAGGAUUUCUAUAAAAGAACAAAGUAGAUUUGAUUUGUGAAAUCUACAUGUCACUUUCAUGUUGUGUGACAUGUUGCAAUAGCAUGGCAGAAGUACAGUCAACUCUAGAAUGGCUGCCCAUUUACAAUUAUACUGUAUUUUAUUACAAUGUAGUUUCAAUGAGGUUGAAGUGCUGAGGUCAUCUUUACCAGUAGAAUCUGAACAUUUUCUCAGAAAAUACGGGAAUCCGUUAUAGACUGCACAAUUUCGAAAGUGGUUAUGAGGCACAUAAACAAGUAUUUUGAGUUUGACAGUUAUGUUCAACACUCUGAAAGGCAUGCCAUGAAAUCCACUAGAGAGCAAAUGAAACAGAAGUGGGGGGGAGAGGGUGCAUUCACAGCAGAAUACCAUCUAGCGCCAAGGGAAUUAACGAAUAUGGUCAGAGAUGACUAGCUCAGGAUUGCAAUCUCGUUCUUCCAGUACAGCACUAAUUUGAAUCUACUUUUAAAGCAACGAUUGUGCAUUUGGAUGAAACCUAUAUGUGGCUAAGAGGGUGAACAACCGCUGUACAUUCAUAAUAUGAGCUUGUAGUUGUGCACACUCAUCACCAGCCUCGUCACAGAAAAUACUGAGGAUUGUCUCAACUUCAACUGUAAGCCUGCCUCCCUCAUAAGCAGACCUACAUGAACAAACUCUCCAAACUGAUCACAAAUGACUGCAUCAUACAGAAGCAUAACCAAGAAUUAAGCAUGAAGAUAAUGCAACUUCUGCAGCUCUGCAACAUUUAGAACAUGGUCAUGCAAGUGUUCACUAGGGGGCAAUUGUGGUGCUUAUCACUGAGGCAGUGGCUGAAAUCCUGUUGCUUAAUAUAGAAAGUCAUACUUAUAGGUGCACUGAACCAGUCGAAUUUACAGAAGAGUUGACUCAUCAGAUUCCCACUGAUUCAGCAGGCCUUCUCUAGUUGCACCUUCCUGUGCUAAGCAAGAGGGUUUCAGUCAGUGGCACAUUCAAAGGAGGCAAGUUUCAACUAAAACUAAUUCACUGGAGAACUGAAUAGAGGUUCCUGCAAAAAUACCUACUGAGUAAUGUGUUCAGCCUGCCCCUCUUUUCACAAAGAAUGUACAGUACUUAGAUGCUUUCUAUUGAAUCUGAAAGAUUACAUUCUCAUGUUUAAUAUUCAUGCUUUGAAAAAAAGCUAUUUCCUUCUUCAGUUGUUCAAUGUAAUAAAAAUAUCACUUAUGUCACAAUAUUUAUUCCUUACAAACAUUGUGUGACAUGUUAGGGUUCCCAUGGAUGUAGCUGAUGAUUAUUUUGUAAAUAUAAUUUCCUAACUAUACAUAAAACUAUAUCAUAAUAAACUAUUUUUGCACCACGCUUGA